AUGGGAGUAUCCGAGAACAAACAAAUCGGUGAAUGGUUCGGUCCGAAUACAGCCGCACAAGUGCUCAAGAAGUUGGUGGUUUAUGAUGAGUGGUCGAAGUUAGCCAUUCACGUGGCACUGGAUAAUUUGCUGAUUGCGAACGAUGUGAAAACAAUGGCACACACAAAACCUCCGUCUCGUUUGAGUUCGUCGAAUGCAACAGACUCGUCGGAUCAGUACGAUGCGAGUGCUGAAUCUUCGUUGUGUUCGGAUGGUUCAGUUCGAUUGAGUGCGAUAAUGAAGGAAUGUGACGCGAACAAGUUAGGUUUGAAGAUGGCUGAUGAGAUAAACGGUAACGAAUGGCGACCGUUACUCAUUAUUAUACCUCUGAGACUCGGAUUGACCUCUAUUAAUCGAUGUUAUUUGGGCGCGAUUGAGGUGUGA